GGGGAUGAAAGAAUGCAUUUGCCGAGCCCGACCGAUUCCAAUUUUUACCGAGCCCUGAUGGACGAAGAGGACAUGGAAGACGUGGUGGACGCUGACGAGUACCUCAUCCCCCAGCAGGGCUUCUUCAGCAGCCCCUCCACAUCGCGGACCCCCCUCCUCAGCUCUCUGAGCGCGACCAGUAACAAUUCCACGGUGGCAUGCAUUGAUAGAAAUGGGCAGAGCUGUCCUGCCAAGGAAGACAGCUUCUUGCAGCGGUACAGCUCAGACCCCACUGGCGCCCUGAGUGAGGACAGCAUAGACGACUCUUUCCUCCCGGUGCCCG